CAACGUGGCAUGACGUCAUUGGACUACUUCCUGAUGAGCUGACGAAGUCCCGAACACGGGAUGCCCACGUUCCAACCGCCAAUAACAGCCCGGAUUUCUUCUUCUAAUCCAAUUCGGAUUUCGGACAGCUUCUCUUCUGAGCUUCCGAGAGAAAUCUUCUUGGGGCAUAUAUAGACAUGGGUGACAUGAAAGACAAGGUCAAGGGCUUCAUGAAAAAAGUCAACAAUCCUUUCUCAUCCUCGUCUACCGGUAAAUUCAAGGGCCAAGGUAGAGUCUUAGGGUCGUCCUCUUCCGGACCCGCUAAUCCUAUCCACUCUCGCCCUUCUUCGCAGAUUCCCAAUCCAAAGCCGAAUCCACCUUCUGCCGAUUCAGCGAGAUUGAAUUCGAAGCCUUUGUCUCAAAACACACCUAAUUCCGAUCAGAAUAGGUCGGAUUCAUCGAAGAAUUCAGCCCCUAAUCGCAACCCCGCAAACGGGUUUGAUCCAUUUGGCUCGCUGAUUACCUCUGGGAAGAGAUCACAAAAUGGGUACUCACUAAAUGUGUAUGAAUGCCCCAUUUGUGGCCAGUCUUAUAGGUCUGAAGAAGAGGUGUCUGUACAUGUGGAUAGUUGUGUCAACAACUCGGUUGAAAACAAUGGUGGUUCGGAUUUGGUCGACAAUGGGGCGGAGUCUAAGAGUGAAUUGGAGAGUUGCAUUGGUGCUUUUGUUUCGGGGAAGCCCCCGGCGGGAUCGGUGGAGGUUGUUCUUAAGCUGUUGAGGAAUAUAGUGAGGGAACCAGCGAAUGCUAAGUUUAGGAGGAUUCGGAUGAGUAAUCCGAAGAUAAGGGAGGCCAUUGGUGAGGUUACUGGGGGGGUUGAGUUGUUGGAGUGUGUAGGUUUUGGAUUGAAAGAGGAGGAUGGAGAGAUGUGGGCGGUCAUGGAGGUUCCUAAGGAGGACCAGAUUAGUUUAAUUAAUAGUGCAGUGGCGUUAUUGGAACCACAAAAGGCAGAGGAACCACAAAAGAAAGAAAACUCUCCAUCUGCAACUUCAGCUCAUGUGGAAGAACGGUUGGAGCCAAAAAAGGUUGACAGACAGGUCCGCGUAUUCUUUUCAGUGCCUGAAAGCGUAGCAGCAAAAAUUGUGUUACCAGCUUCUUUCUAUAAUCUUACGCCUGAAGAGCUCAAAAGAGAAGCUGAUAUGAAGAAGAAAAAGAUUGCAGAAUCUCAACUUUUGAUACCAAAGUCAUACAAGGAAAAGCAGGCGAAAGCUGCUAGGAGACGAUACAAAAAAACUAUUAUCCGGGUUCAGUUUCCUGAUGGAGUGGUGCUCCAAGGCAUCUUUUCACCUUGGGAGCCAACUAGCUGUCUCUACGAGUUUGUCAGAUCAGCACUAAAAGAACCCAGCUUGGAGUUUGAGCUAUUACAUCCUGUAGUUGUCAAACGAAGGGUGAUCCCUCAUUUUCCAGCUGCAGGGGAGACUGCUGCAACAUUAGAUGAUGAGGACUUGGUGCCCUCCGCACUUAUUAAGUUCAAACCAAUUGAAACAGAUUCUAUUGUUUUCACAGGCCUAUGCAAUGACCUGCUUGAAAUUAUUGAACCACUUGUAAUUGAGUCAGCAGUUGCUCCAAAAUAAAGCUUCAAUGCACCUGCUAUAUUUCCUCUGUUUCCCUCUCAUGUUGUACUUUUCAGCCAAAGUUGCACUCCCCGGGUGCCUCUUUCUCUUCUUGAAUCUCCUUUGCAUUUGUUAUCUACUGAGGGUUUUGUACCAUAAAAUUUAAUUUGUACAGUAAACUGAAUUGAAGGCCUGUUCAAAUCGUGUUUUGAACUU